AUGGCUGCAACUUCUCUUCUUGAUCAUUUGCGCGUGAUCGCUAGUGAGGUUCGUCCAUCAGUCGCAAUCGCAGGACUCGUGGCAGUAUUUCUGACACUCUGGUCUGUCCUCUCAACAUGGCGACAGUACAACCGCCUGCGUGACUUUAAAGGCCCUCGCCUAGCAGCACUCUCAAAAUGGUGGUUAAUCAAGAAAGUUGGCGGUGGAAGAGCAUACCUCGACUUUGGGAAGUCACAAAGCAAUAUGGCAUGUUCAAUUGCCCGAGUUGGUCCAAACGAUCUUGUCGCCGACGACCCAGAACUAAUGCGCCACAUCCUCAACGUACGAACCGAAUACCGUCGAUCAGAUUGGUACGACGGCAUGCGCUUCGAUCCCGGCAACAACAACAUUCUCUCAUGGCGCGACGAAGACGAGCAUUUCAAGCUGCGUUCUAAAAUGUCAGCUGACUACGGCGGUCGCGAGGUGGAGAAUCUUGAACCAAAGAUUGACAAGAACAUACUUUCCUUCAUGAACCUAUUGGGAAAAUACGCGGAUGAGAAAAAGCCUGUUGAUUUUGGACGGCGCGCGCAGUUUUUUACUCUUGAUAUUAUCUCGGAUCUGGCGUCUGGUGAGCCGUUUCGGUUUUUGGAGACGGAUUCGGAUGUGUACAAGUAUAUCCAGAUCACGGAGGAGACGCUGCCAGCUGUGAUGGUGACAACUGUUAUUCCGUGGCUGGUCAAAGUACUGAGUUCGCCGGUAUUUAAGAGUCUUUUGCCGUCGGAGAAGGAUAGGCUUGGGUUUGGAAAGUUGAUGGGGCGAGUCACGGCUGAGCGAUUUGGACCUGAUAAAAAGGUUCAGAAAGACAUGCUUGGGUCUUUUGUCGCUCAUGGCCUUACCCAAAAAGAGGCAGAGUCUGAGAUUCUGUUACAAAUUGUCGCAGGCUCAGAUACAACAGCUACAGCCAUUCGCUCAACCAUGCUUCACAUCAUCACCAAUCCCCUCGUAUACACCACCCUCCGCGCCGAAAUCUCAAACACUCACUGCUCAGAACCUAUCAUCCCCGACUCAAUCGGCCGUGAUCUCCCCUAUCUCCAAGCCGUCAUAAAAGAAGCCCCUCCCCAAGGCGACACCUGGAAAGGAAAACUUAUCCCCGGCGGCACCAAAAUCGGAUACUGCGCGUGGGGAAUAUUCCGCCGUGAGGAUAUCUGGGGUUCUGAUGCGGGGGAGUUUGGACCGGAGAGAUGGUUGGAGAAUAAAGGUGAGAAGUUGAGGGAGAUGGAGAAUGCGCUGGAGUUGAUCUUUAGUUAUGGACGGUGGCAGUGCUUGGGAAGACCGGUUGCUUUGAUGGAGUUGAACAAGGUUUAUGUUGAGUGGACGGACCGCAAUGGACCCUGCAUUUCCUAUCCUUUCACAUCUACGAUCGCUCUUUACCUUGAAUCACCAACAAUAUUCACCCAAUCACGUCGUCGCACGAUGGAUCUCGUUGACGGUUCGUUCGACAAGACCUUGGUCAAAUGGGUCAAGAUUACCGAAGCUGCCCUGGCCGAGGCCCAGACAAAGAAGGGUCAGCUUGUAACCGACCAUCCUGCCAAGGAUGCCGUCGAGAAACUCUUCAUGAUCCGAGCACUCAGCAAGGCUAUGGUCACGCCUGGCCUAUCCCCUUCUGGCGGAUUUAUGCGAAUGCUCUCUGGAGGCGCCGACCCUUUCCCGAACUCCAAGCUUGUUGAAGACCACUUGAUGGCUCUCCCCAUCGCCACUGUUGAAGUGCCUUAUCUACCCUGCACUAUCCCGGAGAGGGACCUUAAACCGAUCAGCAUCUCCGAGAUGCGUCUUGAGACUCACCAUUGGGGAUCAAAGGUUCUGCUCCACAGGUUGUCGUCUAUCGACCGUCAUGAGGCUAUCAUGUUCAUCGUUGAGGAUCAGGCGGGUACAGCUGUUUUGCUCAAGCUGUAUCACCAGCCCUUGGAGAAGGAAAUCUCUUGCAACUGGACAAUGUUGGACUAUCGUGUGUGCAUCGUCAAGAACCCUUUCUUUCAGCGGGUUCCUGACACCAUCACCCCAAAUUUCUGUCAGAUCCCCGAGUCUUACUACUCGCUGAGAGUCGACCACCCGGGCGACAUCAUUCCCCUGCGCCAUGGCGAUGGACGAAUCCCCGAGGCAUGGAAAGUUAACCCAGAACGAGACGACAAGACCAGUCAUGGCCACCGCGAUCACGGCAACAAGGCCUUUCGCAACAAGAAUUGGGCAGAAGCUCAUCACUCGUACUCCGAAGCCCUCGAUGUCGCCGAGACUCCACAAGACAAGCAGCUGGCCCACCUCAACCGCUCCCUCACCAACCUCAAGCUUGGUCGACCCGCCGAAGCACUGCUAGAUGUCACCCAGGCUUAUGACCCCAAGGCCCCUAUCGAGAAGGCUUUGUUCCGUCACGCCACCGCCUUAUACAAGCUGCACCGGUUCGAGGACUGCGAAGGCAUGCUCAUCGACCUCCUGGACAAGUUUCCGGACAGCAAGGCUGCUGAGUCAACUCUUCUUUCUGUCAAGACACGACUGACGGAGCAGCACACGGGUAAAUACAACUUCAACAAGAUGUAUGAGAUAGCCAAGGCAGCCAAGGGAGCUCCCUUGAUUGAUUGCGCCACCUACUCGAAGCCUGUUGAGAUUCGGGAGUCGCCUGGUCGCGGUCGCGGUCUCUUCACUACCAGGGCUGUCAAGACGGGCGACUUACUCCUCGUUGAGAAGGCCUUUGAGUACUCAUUCAUCGACGAGACCCGAGUGAUGGACAAAUGUACCCACAUGGUCAACUUCAACACCAAGCGCCUGACGUCUGGUGCAUCGGCGCAUCUCUGGCCCAAGGUUGUUCAGAAGUUGUACCAUGAUCCGGAGGCUCUCUCUGCCUUUAAUGAGCUGGACCAUGGGAAGUACAAACCGGUAACAGUUACCGAGGCGGAUGGAUGUCCUGUUGUUGAUGCCUUCCUUGUCGAGAAGAUCCUUUCUCUCAAUUCAUUCGGUGCCCCACGAUCUACUCGCGACUUCUGUGGCAACAACGUCUGGAGCGGCAACCCAGCCCCCGAAGCCUGCGCUUCCACCCGUGAGAGGCCUCUCUUCACCUCCGUCGGUGUCUGGCUUCUCGCCGCCCGGAUCAAUCACUCUUGUGUCGGCAACUGCCGGCGCUCAUUCAUCGGCGACAUGGCCAUCAUUCGCGCGGCGAGAGACAUCCCAGCCGGCGCCGAAUUGACGAUCCCCUACCGCCCGUCCACUGACUCCGAGUCAUACCAGGAUGUUCAGAAGGGCUUGGCCAAAUGGGGAUUCAAAUGUGAUUGCAAACUGUGCAAGGACCGACUCAAGACCACCGAGGCUGUUCGCGUUCGGCGUAAAGAGCUCAGCAAAGAAUUCUACGAGCAGCUGCCUUCCGAUCAAGAAUUCGACCUUGACAAGGCCACCAAGCUUCUGCGUGUUGUCGAGAAGACCUACUCUGGCAAACCCGCCAAGCAGAUCCGCUGGUGCAUCGCCCAACUUUAUGCCUACGUCGGAAUUCGUUGCCGUCAGGAUGGGGAUUUUGUCGUGGCUGCUGAAAUGCUCAUCAAGGCUCUUGAGACCAUGGGCUUUGUCAUUCUUGCAACUCCGCCAGAUGACGGUAGUGCCCGGGCUCGUUUUGAAGUCAAGCAGUGGGGAAUGAUGGAGCAUCACAUCCCGUGGCUCUUCUUCCAGUUGGUUGAGUGCUACGGCGAGAUCAACCCGCACUUAGUGCCUGUCGCUGAGCAUUAUGCUCAGGUAGCGUACUCGAUCAUUGUCGGUGAGGGGGAUUCGAUGUGGGAUGUCAUGCCAGCUACUGGCAACAAGGCGGAGCGAACCUGA